AUGAGUUCCGUUUUCCAAAAACUCAUGGAUAACGCUCCAUAUCCAAUCAACUUUUACAAAUUUUGUAAGCCAACAGAUCCUUCAAUAAAGCAAUCCUGUGAAGCUAACUAUUAUCAAACAGGAUAUGCUGCAAAAUUAAUUCACUCUGUUUUAAAGAAUAGUGGGUUCAAAAAAGUUGAAGAUUUAGAAGAAGCUAAUCUUAUAGUUGGAGGAAAACUUCAAAGUGAAGGCGAAGAAUGUAAACAUUCUUAUCAAAGAACAAAUCAUUACGAAAAUACAUUUUCUUUGGGAUCCAAAGCUGGAUACCAUCAUGCAAUGAGAAGACUUGAAGCAAGAAUUAAAGAAAUGCCAUCAUUUUAUCCAGAAACCUACCUUUUACCAGCCGAAAGAGAUCAAAUGCUUAAGGCAUUCCCAUCUUCUCCAUUAUGGAUUCAAAAACCAGCAGGUGGAUCACGUGGAAAUGGAAUCUCUGUUAUUGACAAACCUCCUGCUGAAGGCUUCAAAAAAGUUGUUAUACAGAAAUAUCUUGACCAUCCACUACUUAUCAAUGGCCUUAAAUUCGACUUAAGAUUUUACGUUGCCAUUACAUCACUCAUUCCACUUAAGAUCUAUGUAUUUAAUAACGGCCUUGUAAGGCUUGCAACAGAGCCAUACGAAGAGAAUCAUGAUAAAAUUGGAAAUAAGUCUGUGCAUCUCACAAACUUUUCAAUUAACAAAGAAAAUGAGAACUUCCAUGCUACCAAUGAUAUCUCAGAAGAUGGGAAAGGUAAUAAAUGGUCUCAUGUUCCAUUUUGGCCUUGGAUGAAGGAACAUGGUUUUAAUGUUGAUGAAAUUCGUCAUAAGAUUGAAGAUGCUUUUGUCACAACUAUCAUGGCAUCUCGCAGUGUUUUUUGUCAGCAAGAGAGACUCCGUGAGUCAUUUGAACUUUUCGGAUUUGAUGUAAUUUUAUCUCAAACAGGGGACAUUCAUAUUCUUGAAGUAAAUGUAUCUCCUGCACUUGGAACAUCAUCCAACUUAGAUAUGUUCAUCAAAGCUCCUCUCGUUAAAGAUUUAUUCAACAUUGCUUUAGUUCCAGAGCCAUCUCCUGAAGAAGAAUUCAUCGAACAGCUUAUGCAAGAAAGAAAUGAUGAGAAAUCUUGCUCAGCGAUUGCGAUUUGCGAAUAUGAAGAAACACUUCGCAGACUUGGCGGAUUUACUUGCAUCUACCCAACAGUAGAAAGACUAGAAACACAUAAGAAAUACCUUGGAUAUCCAGAAUUUGAAGAUGAAGCCCUGGCCAAAUGGAUUAAUUCAAAUGAUGAACAAAAGGAAGCUUAUCUAAGGGAACUUCUUACUCAUCUUUAUUCUGUUUGUUCAAAGCAUUUUAAUGAGUAA